AUGAACAUCAACACAAGAGACAGAGCUGAGGGAUUAGGGCAGGACAGGAUAGUGGCAGCCUCUCUCUCCCUGCCCCGCUCUCUGCAGCACUCCUCCCUGCUGCCACCCACCCACCACAGGAGGCACAAUGACCGGCACACAGACACAGACACACACACACACAGACAGACAGACAGACAGACAGAGACAGACAGACAGAGACAGAGAAGAGGAAAGGUGUCUGGUAUCAUGCUGCUGUUGCUAUCUGUGAGUUUGUGCUUGUUGUGGGCGAGCGGCGGCGCGGCCCGGAGCGGGCCGGUGGUCCUGCGGGACGCCCUGGAGCGAGGCCCGGUCAACCUGAACGACAUGUUCCGGGAGCUGGAGGAGCUGAUGGAGGACACACAGCACAUACUGGAGGAGGCUGUCGACCAGAUAAUCACAGAGAGUGCUAAAUCAUCUCUAACGUCACUGGAUCUGCGUAUAAACCACCACAAUGAGACAAAGAUGAUAAUGGAUGGAGACAGAGCUGACACGGAGAUUAAUAAUAAAACAGGAGAGAUUCAACACAUCCACAUGGAGAUGUCUGGCCUCUGGAACAGUGUGGAUCACGAAUGCAUGGUGGACGAGGACUGUGGUGAGCUGAAGUACUGCCUGUAUGAGAUUGGGAACUCCAAGUGCCUCCCCUGCAUACCGACAGAUAUGCCCUGCACUAAAGACGAGGAGUGCUGCUCUGAUCAGAUGUGUGUGUGGGGCCAGUGUACAGUCAACGCCACCAAAGGAACAGAGGGGACCAUCUGUCAGGGUCAGAGUGACUGCAAUCCAGACCUCUGCUGCGCCUUCCAGCGAGAGCUGUUGUUUCCAGUGUGUAAUCCCAAACCACAGAAGGGGGAGAAAUGUCUGAGCCACCCCAACCUGCUGAUGGACAUGUUGGCCUGGGACCAGGAGGGUCCCCGGGACCACUGCCCCUGUGACCACGACCUCCAGUGUCAACCUCACGGACGUGGAUCUGUUUGUGGAGGCUAAUACUGAUGGAGGGGAAGUUAACCGUUGUCCAAGAGCUACACCAGUAUCCUUACUGAGCAUUCACCAAAGAAUGGCCAACCUGCUGAUAAAGACUUUGUAAAAGAACUUGCACUGUAUUACUUGUGCCUUACAACCAAUGUGUAUUAUAUAUAAUGAAACAAAUAAACAUUAUUGUGGGAUUCA